AUGGCGCACCUAGCGAAGAGGAUAGUAUUUUCACCUGUCCGUAGCUUUCUACCCGCAGCACGUUGUCACACUGGAAGAGUGGAUGUAAAACGUGAUCUUUUGAGCAAGGAAGUUUCUAAAUAUUCUAUACUUCGGCGUUUACUGUGCUCAUCUGUCGAAACACAGCCCACCUCUACAGAAAAGAAGGUCACAUCAGGACAGAGACAAUACAAUGUUGGAGUGUUUGGUGCUGGACGGAUAGCCUCAACAGUUCAUAUUAAGAACAUCCUGAAGAACAGACGUCUUAACCUAAAAUGGAUUGUGGAUGACUCUGCAGAGGCUGUGUCCAGCUGUAAGGAACUCCAUUAUCUACAUCAGAUUCCAUUUCAUGAAAGCGGUGAACGGGAAUCACUUCUCAAUGAUGAAAGCUUGGACGCCGUAUUUGUGUUCACUCCUACCGAUACACAUGCUGAUUACAUUUGUGAGAGUCUGAGUAGAGGAAAAGCCGUGAUGACUGAAAAGCCUUGUGGAGAAACAUACAGUGAGAUAAAACGAUGUUACGAUUUGGCCGAACACGUUAACAAACCUCUCCUCACAGGCUUUCAGAGGAGAUUCGACACAACAUUUCAAGAAGUAUUUCAGGCGUCUAGAAGUAAAGCCCUUGGAAAUUUAAGAUUCCUGAGAGUCACCGGCCGAGAUUCUCCAAAACCAUCUUAUGAGUUUUUGAAAAAUACAGAUGUAAGCGGAUGUAGUUUGAUAUCAGACAUGGCUGUCCACGAUAUAGAUACGACAGUUUGGUUAACUUCUGCAGAGCGACCAGUUUCUAUCUAUACAAUGUCUCAUAUGCAUGACCCGAUCAUGAAAGAAGUAGGUCAACCCGAUUCUGCUGUCAUGGCGCUGAAAUACGGAAGUGGAUUAUUGGUGAUUAUAGAUUCUGAUAGAGAAUCGCCGUAUGGCUACGAUAUGCGGAUAGAGAUGUUCGGAACAGAAGGUAUGGCGAUGGCAGAAAACCCAAGGGUAUCUGCUUCCUUGGUUGAUAUUCAACAAGGUGGAAAACUGAACAAGCUGUACCACUCUUUCCCCCAAAGAUUUGAGGCAGCUUUUGAAAAAGAAAUCGACCACUUCAUAGAUUGUUUGGAUGGAAAAGAUACACCACUUAUAAAGAAGGAAGAGUGCCUUCUAACUAUGGAAAUCGUAGAGAAAGGAGUGGAAUCAUUUAAAACAGGAAAAGUGGCCUAUCUGUGA